AGCCGAUAGGCUCGCGAAAAUAUCGAUAGCCGAAUAUACAAAAUAAUUGUUUUUAUUGCGAAUCGCCAGCGCUCCGUAAAACUUAUGCACAAAACUCGCUGAAACGCAAAUAAGGACGAAUUGAGCUGCUCAAGGAGAGACGAGGUGCGCCAACCGGAAGCAAUAGGACGCAGGAAAUCAGGCUUGCGAGGCGUGGAAACCCCAGAGCGUGCGGCGUGAGCGUAAAAUGCAAUAAUCGCUGCCAUGCCAAAGGCCAAGGGAUCAAGCUCCCUUGGAUCGAAGGGAGCGUCCCGGAGAUUAACGUCGGCGCUCGUGGUGGCCAGGGGCUCGACGGGCUCGGCAGGAGGGGCAGCGGCGGCGGUGCCGCUCCAGCACUCCAAGGAGAAGCGGCCGGAGGGGAAGAAGGACUCGCUGGCAGCCAAGGAAUCUGCAGCGAAGACCAAGGAGCCUGAGAAAGAUGAAGCCGAGCCGGAUCCGUCCACUGCCAAAGCCUCCAUACCGGCGGUGGACAAGCUGCGCCGCUUCUGCUUUAUCGGCUCCACGGACGAGCCCGUCUAUGCCACGCCCACGCUGGACAUCGCCGUCGAGACCAGCUUCGCCUCGCUGAAGCAGCUCUGCUCUCAAGUGACCGAAGCGGAGCUGGCCGAAUGCCUGACGAGCGUCCUGGGCAGCGGACCGAAUGCUGAGCACCUGCCGCGCCCCGACGAGCCCCUCCUCAUCCUGGCCGUCUAUCUCACCACGCGCGACGACGAAAAGGAGCGCAAGUUGUUGCGAAACAGGUUCGCCGAUCUGGUUACCGGCGAAUCGCACCUGCUGCUUUUCGUCCAGCUGGUGAAGCGUGUCCAGAAGCUGCUCGAUCGCAAGACGCCCUUCAAUCGCACCGUGCGCAAGGCCAUACUCGACUGGUAUGGCAAGCAGCCGUUGGACCGACUCCUCCACCUGUGGUCAGUGGGCGACGGAACGCGUUGGUCGGCGCACCGCGAUCUGCUGCACCGCUGUCACUUUCGGGAUGGCGAUUUUCGACCGGAUAUCAUGGCUGCCUUGCGGCUGCUCUCCACGUCGCCCAAGGAGCUAUCGAAGUGGCCCGUAUUCCUGGCGCCCCUGAGCAGUAGCCGCGUCAUUAUCGAGGGUGUGGUCAAGCUGCGUCUUCUGCAGGAUCCCGAACAAGCGCUGCCCAUUGUGAAGAAGCUCUCGCUGAGCUGGGAGCAUGUGCCCACCCAGCUGUUAAGGGAUCCUGGACUGGCGAAGUUUUUUAUACCACGCAUGAGCUACGAGCAGCUACUGCGCAGCUGGCCACGCCUCUCGCGACUGCAGCACCAGGUGCGUCCCUUCGCCGAGCAGCUGUUGGACGAGAAGAAGCUCAAGGCGGGCAAUGUGCCGCCCGUGCGUUUGCUGCUGGAGGACAUGCGUCUGAGGAAGCCCAGGAAGUUGUAUCCAACUUGUUUGCGGAAGGCGAGUUUUCUGCAUAGCGUUUACGAGAUAUCCUUUGGCCAGAACAAGGCUCUAGGCAGGCGUCUGCACAUCACCCUUAAUCUGGAGCAGCACUACCUAGGCAAAUACCUUACCGGCCGCUGUCGUAUGCUUAAGUACAUAGAUGGCCUGGUGGCCUUGGCCUUUGGCUACUUCCGUAGCGAUCCCAAGGUGACGGUGCAGUUCUGGCACGAUCGCAGUGGCCAGCUGAAGACGCUGCCCUGGACAAAGGAGAUGAGCGUGGCAGAGGCCACGGCCUGCUGCGUGGAUCAGAAGGUGCUUAAGAUCAAGCAGUCGCUGACGGAUAUUUUGGACAGAGCGCUGGAGGAUGACAAGAACACGUACGAUGUGUUUCUGGUUGUGGUGCCGGGGGCUGGGCGGGGAAAUCCGGCGAAUAGUUCCAAGAGCUUGGCUGCCCUGAUGGACAAGUACCGCGAGAAGCGCAGCUCCAAUGCCAAAUUCAUAAUAGUGAGCCUGCGGCAGCACCACGGCUCCAUGAGCUACUGCGGCGAACGAAACGAGAACCUGCUGGAGCUGUGCAGCCUGGACGAGCACACGCCGCGCCUGAUUAACGCCUUUGCUCGCCGGAAGUUCUACUAGACCGGUGGUAGAGCAGCAGCCUUUCGAAUCACCGACGAAACCCAAUUAAUCGCACAGCUGCCGGCGCAAAGCAGUACCAUUUGUUGACGGACGAUGGCCAUCGGUUCGUUGCCAUCGGCCAUCUCUUUCGCUUUCAUAGACGCUAGGGCGCUCGGUCCACCCACUCCCGUUCAGAAUAGCUUUCAUGUAACAUAAACUAUAGAGGUCCUUGGCGUGUAAUCAGCGUAGAGCCGGGCCAACUUAAUGCUACAUACUUAUGUACUAAUAAUGGUAAUAGUUACACCCCGGAAUCCAGAAUUGCAAUCGGGUUAGUUAGAUAUUUUUAACGCUCGUUUUGUGUAAUCACCUUUGUAUUCGUAUUUGUAUUUGUACCAGAUUUGGUGGAUUUAUUUUUUGAAAUCAAACUGAAUCAACUGAACUGAACUCAAUCUAAAUUCAAUUUGGAUUAAAAACAAUCUCAAAGCAAAAGCAAACGCAAGCGCAAACAACAAACAAAACAAACAAAAAGAAAGAAAGAAAGGAUGAAAAAAAAACACAAAAAAAAACCGAAGAACAACAAACAAAUUGCCUUACAAACAAAAAUGUUAGUAAAACUUUCAUUUUAGUUUAGACUUUUUCAAAAAUCGAAUACUGGAACUGAAACUGAAACACAAAUUAUGGCAUUUAGAUAAAGUUAAAGUUAAAUGUAAACUAAUCAUAUGGCCUAUGUAUUGAAUAUUGAGUAUUAAUCUAACGUAACUUUAAAAUAGUCCAAGUCAAAGCAAUAAUCACCAAUCACUAAGCGAAUCCAGUUAUAGCCUCAGAUCGAUCAUAGAUUUAUGUUGUGCUCGAAUAGAAUCGAAUUAAAUUAGCUAAAUAGUCGAAACGCGUACAAGGCAAAGAGGUAACAGGAAAAUAUGGAAAACGAAAACUCCCAAUGUGCCAUACACACACCGCCACACACACCCCAUACACUCGAUCAGUAUAUUUAUUAGUAUUGUGAAGAAAAAAAAAACGCCGAACCGAAACCAUAUAGAGAACAAUAACGAAACGACGAGCAAACGCUACCAAUUUGACUAAAAUUAGUUAAGUGAAAUUAUACUCAAAUUACGAUUAAAUUACAUUUACUUGUAUAGAAAGCAUAGCAACCGAUUUGGAAGUUAGGCAAAAUCCAACCGAAAAUAGGGAAAUCGAAAACGAUAACGAAAUUAAUUAACCAGAAAUCGAAACGAUACGAAUGAAAAUAGGAAAUAUUUCCACGGGCAUUUCUAACCAAAUGUUUCCACACGCGUCUGUGAAGUAAACCGUUGUGAUCGCUUUAAAUUUUGAUUUAAAACAAAACAUAAAUACAAAACAGCAAACUACUGAAUACAAAAUACAAGUUACAAAUUACAAAUUACAAGUUACAAAUUACAGAAAGGCAGGAACACAAACCGCGAAACAGGCAGCUCUAAGUUAUUCUAUAUAGUUUGUGAACUCGAAAUCAGUAGGAGCGUAACCGAAAAGUACCUAUACAACAAAAGCUAAACUAAAACUGAAACUUAUACUGCAGAGCCAGCCAAUUGAACUCCAGAAAUCCAUCAGAACUACACACGAAGUAUUCAACUAAGCCGCGCUGCCUGAGAAGAAUCGAUCGGAUGAUGAGGUGGAUCAAAGGAGCAGAAUUGGAGGAAAGGAUCUACGGACUACCGCAGAAUGUAUACACUUUACAGAUUGUCGAGGCGAAGUCCGACCUCUGCAUUGAUUUGAAUUUAUUGUUACUAAUGUUAAGGCUCAUUUGUGCCCUCUUCGAAAGAGGCUUAACCAUAAGGAAGAUUGUAGGAGACCCAGCGAAAACCACUGUGAAAAAUGUGUCCACCCACUAUGUUUUUUGUCCCCCAAUCUGCGGUCUCUUCCUAUGCUUUUAUUUUACAUUCACCCUAGUUUAAGAUUUUUUAUCGGCUUAAGCACACAAAAUUUUGUGGUCCGAAUGUACGCAUUCCAAUUUGAACCUUUCAUUACCAUUAUUUUUGUAUUAUUAGACCUAAAACCUUUGUACCAUUAUUGUUAGCACAUAAGCGAGCAUUUCAGUUUGUAAAGUGUAUCCCACACAGAAACGCAAACCAAACAGUUGAUACAGUAAAGUUACCGAAAAGUUGAACAGUGAAAAAUAAGUUAAACAAUGCAAACAAAUGCCAAGGAAACACAUUUCAGUUAGAGGAAAUUUAAAUAAGAGAAAUUAUUGUUGUUGAUCAAAUCAAAUCAAUUUAAAGGAUGCUAAAAGUAAAACGAAGCGAAGACGAAAACUAAAACUGAAACUGAAACUGAAACUGAAAUCGACUCGAAACGAAACGAAUUGAAUUAAAUCCGUAGUAAAGCAGCAACAAGAAGCAAAACAUCAUGUGAUAUCUAUUUCAAAAAUAAAUCAAUUGACAAACUAAAGAGAAACCCUAACCAUAACAAGAGCAGAAUAUAGUAAAAUUAGCCUAAAGCCACGAAGCGUUCAGAAAGCAGAGUUUCGAAGUUGACGAUGAGGAUUCGUAUCAUUUGCAUUAUUUCAAGAGUUACGUAAGACCCGAACCACAGGCCACAGGUCCUUAAUGAUUAUAAAGCACACACACUCUAUCUCCCUCUCGCCCCGCACUCUAUCUCCCUCUGUCCGUAGUGUUAGUCGAAAUUCGGAUUGUACGCGCGUUCCCAAAAUGUUCAACUCCUUGCUAACGUAUUCCAGAAGGUUUUUAUAAGCAUAUACAUAAAGUAUACAUACUUCUUAUACACUAAUCUAGGCUAACGUUGAAUAAAUUCCGAAUGAUUCGAACAGCA